AUGGAACCGACAGUGGCGCCCGGAGAGGUGCUCAUGAGCCAGGCCAUCCAGCCGGCUCAUGCAGACUCCCGCGGAGAGCUGAGUGCAGGGCAACUGCUCAAGUGGAUGGACACUACCGCCUGCCUGGCUGCUGAAAAACAUGCCGGGAUUUCCUGUGUCACCGCCUCAAUGGAUGACAUUCUAUUUGAGGACACAGCUAGAAUUGGACAAAUUAUCACCAUCCGAGCAAAAGUGACUAGAGCAUUCAGCACAAGCAUGGAGAUCAGUAUCAAGGUCAUAGUACAGGACAAGUUCACUGGCCUUGAGAAGCUCCUCUGUGUGGCUUUCUCUACAUUUGUAGUUAAACCAGUUGGAAAAGAAAAGGUCCAUUUAAAACCUGUCAUGCUACAAACUGAGCAAGAGCAAAUAGAACAUACUCUGGCUUCAGAGAGAAGGAAAGUUCGAUUACAGCAUGAGAGCAUGUUCAACAACAUCAUGAAGGAAAGCAGCAGGUUUGAUGAUCCCAUUUACAAUGAUGAAGAAGGAACAGCCACCACCAUGGGCACCUCCGUUCAGAGCAUUGAACUCGUUCUCCCACCCCAUGCAAACCAUCACGGAAACACAUUUGGCGGGCAGAUUAUGGCAUGGAUGGAGACAGUAGCAACCAUUUCUGCAAGCCGCCUCUGUCAUGGGCAUCCCUUUCUGAAGUCUGUGGAUAUGUUUAAAUUCCGGGGACCAUCCACAGUUGGGGACCGCCUUGUCUUCAAUGCCAUAGUCAACAACACAUUUCAGAACAGUGUGGAAGUUGGCGUGCGUGUUGAGGCCUUUGACUGUCAGGAGUGGGCCGAGGGCCGAGGCCGCCACAUCAACAGUGCUUUUCUCAUUUACAAUGCUGUUGAUGAUCAGGAGGACGUCAUCACCUUCCCCAGAAUCCAACCCAUAUCAAAGGAUGAUGUUCGACGUUAUCAGGGAGCUAUCGCAAGGAGGAGAAUUCGCCUAGGCAGGAAAUAUGUUAUUUCCCAUAAAAAAGAAGUUCCACUCAGCACACAAUGGGAUGUAAGCAAAAAGGGAUCCCUAAGUAACACCAAUGUGGAGGCUCUCAAAAAUCUGGCAUCCAAAAGUGGCUGGGAAGUUACCACCACAUUGGACAAGAUAAAAAUAUAUACCCUGGAAGAGCAAGAUGCCAUAUCUGUUAAGGUUGAAAAGUGUGUUAGCAGCCCAGCACACACAGCUUAUCAUCUCUUGUCUGACUUCACAAAUCGACCUUUGUGGGACCCCCAUUACAUAACCUGUGAUGUCGUGGACCAGGUGAGUGAGGAUGAUCUGAUAUAUUACGUCACCUGUUCUGUGGCAAAUGGAGAUAAACCCAAAGACUUCGUAGUACUUGUGUCACGAAGAAAGCCUCUCAAAGAUGAUAACACUUACACUGUGGCAAUGAAGUCAGUUUCCCUGCCAUCCAUCCCUCCAUCUCCACAGUACAUCAGAAGCGAGGUCAUAUGUGCUGGGUUUCUCAUCCAGGCUAUCAACAGCAGUUCAUGCACUGUAUCAUACCUGAAUCAGAUGUCAGACAGCAUCCUCCCUUACUUUGCUGGCAAUAUUGGUGGCUGGUCAAAAUCCAUUGAGGAAGCUGCAGCUGCUUGUAUAAAGUUCAUAGAGAAUGCUGCUCAUGAUGGACUUAAAAGUGUGUUAUAAAUGGUCACCUCUCAAUUACUGUAAUUUAA